AUGGCUUCCCCAUCUCAACAACUUCCUCCAGGCUGGGCUGCCGAAUGGGAUCCCAACGCCCAGCGCUAUCUCUUCAUUGAGAGAGAAACGGGGCGAUCGCAAUGGGAAGUUCCAAUAGCCAACCCAGAGCUCGGUGGCAUGUCUCCACCAUCAGUGUCUCCACCGCCGGCGACCAACCAUCACGGUAAACGUCGCCAAUAUGCUGCAGGCCAGACGCAGGCAUAUUACGGCACACCCGACGCUUUGGCUGCGCCAUCGUACGGCGCAGCGGCACCCCAGCCCCAGCCUGCCCAACUCUUUACGCCCGGACUCGCCGCGGAGAACCAGUUCCAACAACAGCAGGCGCAUCAGCAGCAGGGGUACUACGGAGGCGCGCCUGCGCCUGGAGAACCAGAGUAUAUCAAUGCGCCUGGCUUUGGGCAGGGCCCUGCCAUUGCGCCGCCUACGAGUGCGCUAGCAGACCAGUUCAGCCAGAUGAACGUAGGUCAACAGCGCCCGACCCUUUUCACAGCAAACCUGCUCGCGUCGCCGCCCGACCCGCGUGAACUGUUCCGUCCACCACCGGGGAUUUGCCUCCCCCCGAACGCAAGCAUCUCACCUUCUCCAUACGCGAAUGCCGACCCAUCAUAUCAACGGUGCACGUUGAACGCCAUCCCUGUGUCCAGCUCGCUCCUGAACAAGUCAAAGGUUCCGCUCGCGCUCAUUCUGUGCCCUUACCGCUCGCUUAAGGAGGGUGACGACCCUGUCCCGUUGGUGACGGACACUGUCAUUGCGCGUUGCAGACGGUGCCGCACGUACAUCAACCCGUAUGUCCAGUUUAUUGAUGGGGGUAAUCGCUGGCGUUGUUGCAUGUGCAACAUGUCGAACGAGGUCCCGCAGUUGUUCGACUGGGAUCAGGUUCGCAACCAGCCCGGAGACCGCUGGGCCCGCGCAGAGCUCAAUCACGCCGUGGUCGAGUUCGUCGCCCCUACGGAGUACAUGGUCCGCCCGCCCCAACCGGCGGUGUAUAUAUUCCUCAUCGACGUCAGUCACUCGGCGGUCCAGUCUGGCAUGGUCGCGACAGCGACACGCACGCUGCUCGAGAACCUCGACCGUAUCCCGAACGAAGACUCGCGCACGAAGGUCGCGAUCGUGGCAUUUGACGUGUCGCUAUACUUCUUCUCUAUGCCACCAGGCUCGACGGAAUCGUCCAUGCUCGUUGUCUCUGAUUUGGACGAUGUCUUCCUGCCCAAGCCCACGGACUUGCUCGUGAACCUAGCAGAGGCACGCGCGUCGCUGGAGUCGCUACUUGGCCGCUUGAGCGAGAUGUUCCAGGAGAAUCACACAAUUGGGAGCGCGCUCGGCCCUGCGCUGCAGGCUGGAUUCAAGCUGAUGGCCCCCAUUGGUGGGAAGAUUAUGGUACUGUCAGCGAGUUUGCCGUCGCUUGGCGCCGGAGCGCUCAAGAACAGAGAGGAUCCUAAGAUUCUCGGUACGUCGAAGGAGUCGGGGCUUUUGCAGUCUGCAUCGCCUUUCUACAAGACCUUCGCCAUCGAGUGUUCGCGGGCGCAGGUGUCCGUGGACAUGUUCUUGUUCAGCGCGGCAUAUCAAGAUGUUGCCACCCUCGCAUGCCUUCCUCAUUACACCUCUGGUCAAACCUAUUUCUAUCCUGCAUUCAAUGCCUCGCGCACGGAGGAUGCCGUCAAGUUCGCACACGAGUUCGGCGAGGUGCUCGCUAUGCCGAUCAUGCUGGAAGCCGUUAUGCGUGUCCGCGCAUCGAAGAAUCUGCGGAUGUCGUCCUUCCACGGCAACUUCUUUGUGCGCUCCACGGAUCUUCUCGCGAUGCCCGCCGUACCCCAGGAUCAGUCCUAUGCUAUCGAGGUGACGAUCGAGGACACCAUCACGUCUCCAUUUGUCGUCUUCCAGACUGCUGUCCUCCAUACGACGUGCUACGGCGAACGCCGUAUUCGUGUCGUGACGACCGCAUUACCCACAACGAACAACCUUUCCGAGGUGUUUGCAUCGGCGGAUCAGAUUGCUCUAGCAACCCUGCUCGCAAACAAGGCUGUGGAACGCUCAAUUACUCACAAGCUCGAGGAUGCACGUGAUGCUCUCUUCGGCAAGAUGGUUGAGAUCCUUCAGGCAUACAAGGCCAGCAUGACCGCAGCCGGAGCGGGUGCGAGCGCACAGUUGGCCAUUGCUGAGAACUUGAAGCUGCUUCCUGUCCUUGUUCUGGGGCUGCUGAAGAACGUGGGAAUUAGGCAGAGCGCACAGAUUCCGCCAGAUUUGCGCGCGUAUUCGCAGGCUUUGCUCACCUCACUGCCCUCUCAACUUCUGAUGCCCUACCUCUACCCCACAUUCUACUCGUUGCAUAACAUGCCUCCAGAGUGCGGCACUGUCGGCGACCACGGCGUCAUUUUGCCGCCGCCACUUCCCCUGACCUCAGAACAUUUGGAACGACAUGGUCUCUUCCUCAUUGAGGAUGGCCAGACCAUUUUCCUCUGGGUCGGUCGUGAUGCCGUUCCCCAGCUCAUCAUGGACGUAUUCAACCUGCCGAGCUACGAGGUCUUGCGUGGUGGAAAAACGACUCUGCCUGUUCUUGACAACCCGUUCUCGCAACGCGUCAAUGCAGUCAUCCAGAAAACAAGGGAGAUGCGCCGUGGCGUCUACUAUCCGCAUUUAUAUAUUGUGAAAGAGGACGGGGAGCCGCCGCUGCGUUUGUGGGCCUUGAGCUGCCUUAUCCAGGAUCGUGCGGAUGUCCUGCCCAGCUACCAGCAAUUUGUCUCACAGUUACGAGACAAGGUAUGA